AUGAAUUCCAGUACGGAUGAUCCGAAGGCUUUGCAAGAAAAUGCAAAGGCUUUAAGGAAGCUUGCUUUUUUUGGUGUCGCUGUUUCCACCGUAGCCACUUUGAUCUCGGUUGUUUCGGUUCCUUUAUUAUAUAAUUUUAUGCAGCAAAUGCAGUCUUCCAUGCAAGCUGAAGUAGAUUUUUGCAAGCUUCGAUCUGGCAACAUUUGGAGAGAGCUUACGAAAACGCAGGUCCUGACGCAGGUGUCUGGUAGUGCUUUGGCACGUUCUCGCCGUCAGGCUGGAUACAAUACCGGUGCUGUGGAAGCCGCUCCGCAAAGUGUUGGAGGAUGCUGUGGAUGUGGUGUCUCCCCUCAGGGGCCACCAGGAGUUCCUGGAAGAGAUGGAGAUGAUGGUGCUGACGGUGAACCAGGUACUCCUGGUAAGGAUGGGCCAGAUGGACCACCACCUACUCCAGCUCCAAACUUUGAAUGGUGCUUCGAUUGCCCACCGGGAGAACCAGGGCCCCCGGGACCAGCCGGGCCAAAGGGACCAUCUGGAAAUCCAGGAUCUCCAGGACGUGAUGCUGAUGGUGGAACCCGAGGUCCAGCAGGACCACCAGGGCCACCAGGGGCCCCGGGAACUCCAGGAAACCCUGGAAAAGCUGGACCACCGGGUCCUCCAGGAGUUGUUAAAGAGGUUCCUGUGCCAGCAGGACCACCUGGACCUGCUGGGCCACCAGGACCUCCAGGUCCCCGAGGAAGUCCAGGAGCUCCAGGAGAGCCAGGAAAAGAUGGAUCUCCAGGAGAUGCCGGAGACAAUGGAGCCCCAGGAGCUCCAGGACAGCCGGGAGGCCCGGGACCUGUCGGGCCUGACGGAGCAAGAGGGCCAAGUGGAGGAUGCGAACACUGCCCACCACCAAGAACCGCACCAGGAUAUUAG